UAUUAGUUGGUUGAAGCCAGCCGUCAGCCCACCUAGCGACGGUGGUCAAUGAACGGACAACAUGAUGUUGAUUCUUCUGAUUGGUGUGGCGGUUCUAGCCGCGACUGUGAUUUACGAUCGAUAUUUCCACCCUCUGGCCAAGUUUCCGGGCCCGGCAAUUGCAGCAGCGUCUCCGGUUCGCAGCUUGCCUCCAAUCAUUCCAUAACCAAUCUAACCUUGACCAAAGCUAUGGGCAAUGCACGCGCGCUACUCAGGGAGACUUCUCCCCAAGCUACGAGACUUGCAUGAGAAAUAUGGCCCGGUCGUCCGAAUCUCCCCGAACGAAUUGUCCUUCGCAAGCCCCCGAGCGCGUGACGAGAUAUACAAGGACGAGUACACCAAAGGCUUCACCCCCACGCAGAACAACGUCAGUUUCGCAAUCGACGUCGUGAUCGGAGACACCACCGCUCAGUCGGCCACCACGCGGACGGACCAUCGCAGUGUGCGGUCGCAAGUCAAGGGGAUUCUGGCAACCUAUCCCGCACAAAGCCAGGAGCAGAUUCACCGGACCUAUUUGGCAGAGUUGGAGGAGGAGCUGGACAUCGCAGCCCGCGAAGGGAAGCAAUACAAUCUGACGACUGGGAUGGACCGGCUGAUCUGGCAGUGCAUGGGACACUUCUUCCUCGGUCAUUCCAUCCCCACCAGCACGAAAGAGACAUUCGAAUAUUUUCGGCGGUGGGACAACGUGUACACUGCUGGUUUGGACCUGAUGUUUUACAUUGGUCGUUUGCCGGGGGCAUCGGCUGUCGCGGCGGUUCUGCUGAGGGCGAUUCGACAUCUUAUGACGACGGAUUGGGUUCAGGUGAACACGUUUAGUCGGAUUCAGGAACUCACCAACCGCAAGGAGUUCAGGGAAAGCAUCGUCGCGCAGAAGCUGGGGAUCAUGGACGGGGCCGACGGAAAGCCAGAGUUGAAACGCGCAAUGGCGCAUAUCAGCCUUCUUGUAAUCGGCGGAUAUGACCCCGUUUCAGCCGCCGCAUCCGCCGUCUUCUACUAUCUACUACAACACCCGAAAGCGCUCGCCAAAAUCCAGCACGAGCUCCGCACCACCAUCUCCAGCGAAGAGGUUUGCACAGAUGAUAAUCUGUCCCAGAUCGCUUAUCUGAAUGCCUGUAUCCAAGAAAGUCUCCGACUACAGCCACCAGUGAACGACGUGGGCGCCCGAAUCUCCACCGGCAUAGAGGUAGAUGGCGUCUACGUGCCCAAAGGGGCCAAAGUCUUCGUCGAUAAGUAUUCGAUCCACCGAUCUGCAAGGUACUUCAAAAGUCCCGAUCGGUGGAACCCUGAACGGUGGCUUGCUCCGACCCCCAAGUCGGAUCUGGCUGCUUUCUCGGCAUUCUCGGUGGGCACCCAUGCGUGCCCGGGCAAGAUCAUGGGACUGCGGGUGUUGCGUCUGACUAUCGCAAAGCUGUUGCUGAGCUACGAUUUUCAGCUGGCGGGCCCGAAGUUUGACUGGGAUCGCGAUGCGCAUUGUUGUCAUGUGUGGCAGGAGUUCCGUGUGGAUGUGAAGGUUAGCAAACGAGGGGCUGUACAGUAAAUUUAGAGCCAUGGACGGCGAUAGAUUUUACGAUGGCG